AUGGCUGAACAAGCUCGGAAGGAGGAGACCGAGAGGCAGAACGUUCACAAUCAGUCGAUGCGCCACAAACCUGGGUUUUCAACAUCAAGCCACGGCCAAUCUCUCCUCUCCCUUUUGGCCCUAUAUAUCGUCAACCCUCCCCUCAGCUAUGCCUCGACAAGCCUUUAUAUCCACCCGCGCGACAUCACGCUGCCCCUGCGGGUGACAAACGCCUGCAAUGAAGCUAUCUGGCCGGCGAUUCUAACUCAGAGCGGGACAGGCCUGGCCAAAUCAGGCUUCAUGCUGACACCGGGAGAGUCGAAUUCCCAGACCGUCAGCGGCGACUGGGCAGGACGGGUCUGGGCGCGGACGAAUUGUAGUUUUCCGACAAGUGAGCAGGGCGGUGCGGCAUGCGCGACGGGGGAUUGUGACAUGUGUCCUGAGUGUCAGAGUGCGGGGCAAGCACCAGCGACACUGGCGGAAUUCACCAUGUCGUCAGAUACAUAUCAAGCCUUCUACGACCUUUCCCUAGUGGAUGGUUACAAUAUCCCCGUUGGCAUCAUCUCCUUGCUGCCGCAAAGCGGGAAUUCCACUCUCGAGGGCAUCCCGCCGAAUCUUACAAACCCCGUGUGCAUUGGCACUUCUUCCCUCCUCGCACCUGUAGGCGACAGCUCCAACCCUGAUUUUGGAACGAACUCCACAUUCCCUCUGCCCUUGGAUCAAACCGUGACAUCUUCCUUUGUUCAGAACUGGUGUCCCUGGCCCUUGCAGCUCGAUCCGCCCGAGAAGCCUGGAGAUGGCGUGUAUCCGUAUCCGGACGACAACAUUCAACGGCCCAUCUUCAACCCUUGCCUCAGCGCCUGCGCGAAGUGGAACAAAGCCAAGUAUUGCUGUACCGGUAACCACGCUAGUCCAUCCACGUGCUCGCCGAGUAUGUACUCCACGCAAGCGAAGAAAGUAUGUCCAGACGCAUACAGUUACGCAUACGACGACCAGACCAGUACGUUUAUUAUCCCCCAAGGAGGCGGAUUUGAAGUUGUCUUCUACCCCAGUGGGCGAAGUACCAACAUCCUGGCCACAUUUGGCGAUCAACUCAGACAACUUGCGCAGACAGGACAUGCGACGAGAGAUAUGGUCCGAAUCGCUCCAAAUGCCACAUAUAUCCGCAAGAAGGAUGAUGCUGCGGUCCCGGUUAGUGAGCCGAGCCCGAGUCUGAUCGCCUUGGUGGUAUUUCUGUUGUGGGUGUGUCUGGGCGAUGUUGGAGCAGUGUUCUCGUGA